GCUAUAAACAAGUUUACUUGUCGCUAUAGUACCGAUUUAAAAGAAAUAUAUUAUCGAUACCGAUUUUGACAAAUAAAAAUCACAAAUAUAGAUAUUAUGGAGAGUACUAUGUACAAAGAGAGAUAUUUUCAGAAUUACUCUCUCAAAUGGACCAAGCUUUAUAGGUUGUUUUAUCCAGCUGGUCGCCAGUUGUAGUUGUCAACCGUAAUGAGCAUCUUGAAAGCAACGCGAAGCUAACCUUAAACUCAAAUUCUUGAUGGCUCGACAAAAUGUCAGAACUCUUCAUGAAAAAGUGAAAUUUUAAAUCAUUAUGAUGGAUUAUCUGAAACAGCCGGUGUUCGAAGUAGGAAAUAUCAACGAAGAUAUUAAUUUUUCAUUGCCACCUAUUUCCGGAGAGGAAUACAUCAAACGAGUGGUAAUAGAAGCCCGACAAUGUGCAGACAUAGUGGUAGCUGAUAUAGAUCCAUCAUGUAUGACACUUUCAAGAGGAUCUAUUAAAACUUUAGCAGGAUGUGUCCAAGCACCGCCGAGUUUCAGCCCAACCUUGGAGUGGCAACAGUAUCAAGUCUCAGACUUUUCAAAUAUAAGACUGUAUGUAAGUCAAUUGAAAGACGAGAUACAAGUGGGUAAACAUAAAUGGAGAGCACCUGAUAUUAAUUUGCCAGACAUAAACGAUCAAAACACUUGGAUCAGCUUCUGUUUAGGUAGCAAAGAGAAAAUUAAACCCACAUUGAAUACUCUGUUUUGCUUCAAUCAAUCAACUGUAGAGCAGGUACUUGAAUAUCUGGUGCACUUUGUGGAAACUGAAAGGAGAAUCGAAUACAAAAUAGGCCAGUGGAUCUACGCGUUACUCGCGAUCUUGGAGCAACCAUUACAGCCUGAUACCUGUUCCUGUCUGCGUUCGUUGGCACGAGCGUGUUCCGUCAUCCGCGCAGAUUCUAGAGAAUUGGACGCGCAGGAGCUGGGGGCGCUGAAUUUAUUCAUCUGUUUGGUAGCAAGAUACUUCCGUCAAUUAGACCUGGCAGAUCCUUCAGAAUUUCCCAAUACACAAUUAACUUAAUUAUUUAUGACGCAAUGCGACUCAUGUAUACAGCAAUUUUAAUAAAGUGACAUUACGUUUAAAGUUUAAUUUC